AUGGAGUCCGACGAUGCAGAUAGUCCUACAUACCAGCCCGUUGGUAAUGUUCAGGUGUCCCCAAAUUCUGGAAGGAGGACAUUUAUUCCAGAUGUUGAUGAUUUGAUUAAACCUCAGAUGCAUAUGCUGUUUGAUUCGCUGGAAAAUGCCUUUCUUUUUUACCAAAGAUAUGCUAAGGCGGGAGGUUUCACAGUUAGGAAGGGUACUCAAUACGAGCCUCGAAAGGGUGUAAUACAUAAUAAAUGGUUCGUAUGCUCAAAAGAGGGUACUAAACCCUUAAAGGCGAUUGACUCGACUCAGGAACCUGGUAGUUCUAAUGUUAACUCGAAGUCUAAGAUCACUCGAAGGGUUCCUUCUAUAAGGACCAGAUGUGAAGCGUGCAUUCGGGUUAAGUUAAACCCGGAUAAUCUUUACUUUGUUUAUCACUUCGAGGAGUCGCAUAAUCACUCAUUUGUUGCUGAAGAUGACAGGUACUUGCUUCCUGAAAACAGAUCUAUGAAUUAUGUACAGGAAGAAGCCGUGAAUGCUUUGAGUACCAUAAACGUUGGUCCAGUUAGAGCGUUUAACAUUAUGAGGACUCUUUAUGGAGGUUUUGAUAAGGUAGGUGCCACUAAAGUUGACUUCAAAAACUUCAAGAGAGACUUAAAUAGGUAUAUAGCUGAGUACGAUGCUGACAUGGUUAUCAAACGCCUAAGAAGGAAGAAAGAAUUUAUGCCCAAUUUCUCUAUGGAAUACCUUACAACUGCCGAUGCUGUUUUACGUGCGUUGUUCUUGGCCGAUGAUGAUUCAAAGAGAAAUUUUAAUAUUUUGGGGAUGUACAAUAUGAUGUUUGUACCUUUUACCGGCGUUGACAAUCACUAUCGUAAUGUUACCUUGGGUGCUGCUAUAAUAGGGGAUGAAACUGCCGAAACAUAUAGCUGGUUGCUUAACGCAUUUCGGCAGGCGUUUGGGCGCGCACCACCUGUGAUUGUAACUGAUCAAGACCCAGCGAUGAGGAAAGCUAUUCAAGAUACUUGGCCUGAAAGUAGGCACAGGCUUUGCAUGUGGCAUAUAAUGGAGAAACUUACUACCAAGGUUGGCGCCAACCUAUGCAAUAGCACCGAUUUUAAGAAGAGUUUGUGUGAUAUUGUUUGGACCGAUGCAUUACUACCAGAACAGUUUGAAACUGAAUGGGGUGUUAUAUUGGCUGAUUUUGAUUUGGUGAAUCAUGAAUGGUUACAGUCAAUUUAUCAGAUUAGGUAUACAUGGAUCCCGGCGUACUAUCGUGAUCAACACAUGUCUGGGCUGAUGCGUACCUCAUCACGUUCGGAGAGUGAGAACCAUUUCUUUGGGCAGUUUUGCAACCGGAACUGUAUGCUUGUUGAAUUCUUGGGGCAUUUUGAUUCUGCAAUUGAAGCCCAAAGACACGAGCACAGGAAGAAUGAUCACGAUACUAGGCACACGAACCCCCAAAAAUUUGCAAAAGAGUUUGUCUUAGAACAACAGGCGGCAAACAUAUACACACGGAAAAUUUUCUUUCAUGCGCAACUUGAAAUUCAGACAGCCAUUCACAAGUGUGGUAUUGGAAAAUGGGAUGAUAGAGAGGAUAAUUUUGUGAACAUCUCUGUGAAGGACUUUUCUCAAACGUGUACUACAUUUUUUCAGGUUAUGAUGCGGCAGCUAGACAUGACCGUUAGUUGUUCAUGCAAUAGGCAGUUCCCUGAAAGGUAUAUAAUGCGACAGUGGACCAGGGAAGCUGUUCCUAAUAGUGCUCCUGGAGCGAUAUUAGGGAUUAGUGAAAGUGAUGAUCGGUACCAGCAAGUUAAUGGUGUUGUAAGGGAGAUAACAAGGUCAGCCGAGUCUCUUAUUAACAGGUUGGUUCAUAACUUUGAUGCGUUGUGCGCUUUCAGGGACCAUGUUGUCCAGUAUCAAUCGACCGCUGAUCAGGCAGUCGUAAACACGCCCCCUAGGAGUCGUCGCGAUAGGUUUGCUGAAAUAACUGGAUACACGCAAGAAACACCUGUAACUUUUCGCAUGCCGAAAACCGUUAGAUUUAAAGGUAUGGGUAAACCUUCCAGAAUGAAGAGUAAUCGUGAAAUUGCCAUUAUUCAAUCUGUGAAGAAAAAAAAAGGUCGUGAAUGUAGCAAUUGCAAACGUCGGGGGCAUAAUAUACGUACCUGCACGUACCCGGCAAGAGAAAAGGCCGACGACUCCUCAGAAAGUGAUGAAGCGGCCCUUGAAGGAGAAGACGAAGAGGAGCUAGAAGAUGCGGCGGGUGAAGGAGACGACGAAGAGGAGCUAGAAGAUGAAGAGCAGGAGUAG